AUGAACUCAACCCGACGUCUGGACAGCUUUAACGAAGCUUUCACAAAGAACUUCAUCACCUUCGCUCUCGGCUUAAUCAUCAACUGCAUCAACGGAGCUUUUGUCUACACUUAUUUUAAGAGUGAAGUCUUCCAGCAAGACCCCAGGUAUGUGCUGUACAUCCACCUAGUGGUCAAUGACAUGAUUGUGCUGACGGUGUCUGUGGUGCUGCAGAUCAUCACCUACACCAUACCCCUCAGCUUUUCUACCUGCUGCAUGCUAAUACUCAUCGUAGUUACCACCAACAAGAACAGUCCUCUGAACCUGGCUGGCAUGGCAGUGGAGCGAUACAUAGCUGUUUGCCGACCUCUUCACCACACUCAGAUCUGUACUGUGCAACGAACCUACGCUCUAAUUGCUCUGAUCUGGGGAGUCUCCCUCAUCCCCUCCAUCACAGAUAUCAUCAUCCUCCUCGCCACCCAGCCGCUGUCUGUCUUCUCAAACAGUGUCCUCUGUUACCCUUCCUAUAUCUAUAACACCUCGUACCACAAGACACACAGUUUGGUUGUCCAGGUGCUCCUGUUGUCCUUCGUCUUCCUAACCCUGAUCAUCACCUACCUGAAGGUGUUCUGUACUGCACGGGCAGUUUCUGCUGCUGACCAGGCCUCGGCCAGAAACGCCUGCAACACCAUCCUGUUGCACGGAUUGCAGCUCCUCAUCUGCAUGUUGUCGUAUGUGGCCCCCUUCAUCAACCUCUUCUUAGCCACUGCGCGGCCCCAAGACAGCACCAAGAUAUUCUUCGCCACCUACCUGUUCACCAACGUCCUUCCACGUCUGCUCAGUCCGCUCAUCUACGGUGUCAGGGACAAGAAGUUCAGCAGCCACAUGAGGCUGAACUUCUGCUGUAAAUGCAAAAAUCCACAGAAAAAGGGAAGGGUGAUGAGCUCCAAAAAUGUGCUGCACUGA